GGUACAUAUCUUUGUCUCCUGCAAUUGCUCACAGUCACUAACCCCCCUGACUGACAAAUUUGGCAACAUCAACAACAAAUGUCGCCUGAUGAAAAACCUGGAUAUUUACUGGUCUUUUUAGACCAAAGAUAACAGCAGACAAGAGGAUCUGAUGACUUUGACACAACCUCCUCUCUUGUUGUUCCUAAGUCCAUAAAACCUCCUGUGUAACUUUGUAAAUAUUAUUAUUAUUAUCACUAAAAAUAAGUUGAAGCAAAAUGGAUCUUACAGCCAAACAUGGGUUGGUGCUGCUGGACCAGUUGAGGAGGAUGAGGGAGACUGAGAACCUGACAGAUGUGGUACUGGUGGCUGAGGGCAUCAGCUUUCCCUGUCAUAGAGUUGUUCUAUCUGCCUUCAGCCCUUACUUCCGUGUUAUGUUCACAUGUGGCCUUCGUGAGUGCAACAGUAGAGAUAUAUUCCUGCGUGACACCCCUGCAGACAGCCUGGCUCUCCUCUUGAACUACAUGUACUGCUCAGAUCUUCCUCUCAACAACUCCAAUGUACAAGGCAUCUCCAUUGCAGCUUUUCUCCUGCAGAUGGAUGACGUCUUCACUCGCUGUCAGCAGCACAUGACUGAGAACAUGGAUGCCUCCAAUUGCCUUGGCGUGUAUUACUUUGCCCGUGACCUGGGUGCAGAGGAACUGGCUGACCAUGCCCAGCGCUUCCUGAGGCAGCACUUUGUCCAAGUCUGCCAGAGUGAGGAGGUCCUGGAGCUGGAGGCUCAUCAGCUGGGGAAGCUCCUGAGUUCGGAUGACCUUAAUGUUUCCCGUGAAGAGACCAUCCUGGAUGUGGUCCUUAGCUGGGUCAAACACAGCACUCUGAUGGAUGGAGAGGUUCGUAUUCGGCACCUUCCGGAGCUCCUGAGGAAGGUCCGCUUGCCACUGAUAAGCCCUGACUAUUUAAGAGAGGCGAUGAAGAGAAACACGGCCCUGCUGGCUGAUGCUGAAUGUCUAGAGAUGGUGAAAGAAGCCUUGGAGGCCACAGGGAUGCAUCCCUCAGCUGCACCACGUAAACUAAAGCUGCGGUACGGCAUGGAGACCACAGAUUUGCUGCUCUGUGUUGGUAAUGACGGUGGUGGGAUUAGGUCAAGAUAUGGCAACUAUGCUGAGCGCAGCUUUUGCUAUGCCCCAUCCACAGGAAGAACCUACUACAUCACUUCACCUCGCUACGGAGAGGCUCUGGGGUAUGUGUGUGCUGGGGUUGUAACUGAAAGAAAUGACAUUAUUGUGGCAGGAGAGGCAGGUGUGCGCAGAAUGGCCCGACAGAAGGUCAUGAAUGUUGAGAUCUACAGGUACAAGGUAGAGGCCCAAGGAAGCUGGGAGCAACUGACUUCAGCAGAGUACCGAGAUUCUUACGCCCUGGGAUCACUGGGUGACACUCUGUACCUGCUGGGUGGGCAGAUGAAGCUGAAGAACCAGUUUCUAAUCACUAACUGUGUGGAGCGAUGGUCUCUGCAAGGUGGACCAUGGCGGAGUGCAGCACCCCUGCCUAUGCCUUUGGCCUAUCACAGCGUGGUCAGAAUGAAAGAUCGCCUUUAUGUGAUAGGUGGUCGAACCCCACAGUCAUACAGGAUGGAUGAUGAGCCUGACCGUCUUAGUAACCGCCUUCUGGAGUAUGAUCCAAACACAAACAAGUGGACAGAACUAGGUCCCAUGAAGUACUCAAAGUAUCGCUGCAGUGCUGUGGUACUCAAUGGUGAAAUUUUUGUGAUGGGAGGAAUUGGGUGUGAAGGUUUGGACCGUGGACAAUCACGCCACUGCCUCGAUGCUGUGGAGAUCUACAACGCGGAUGGAGAUUACUGGAGGGAGGGCCCUCCUCUCCCAUGUGCACAACUCUCUCUGCACUCAAAUGCCUGUAAUGCAGGAGUGGUGGGAGGCAAGAUUUAUGUGUGUGGAUAUUACAAAGGAGCAGGUCGUCAUGAUGAUAUAACAAAGGACAUUUUAGAGCUGGACCCUUGGGAGAACCGGUGGACAGUGGUGGCUCGGCGCGCUCUGAUGCACGACAACUAUGACGUCUGCUUAGUGGCAAAUCUCAACCCCAGAGGACUCAUGUCCCCACCUGCAGACUUAGUAAAACUGUGACACCCCUGUCAGAUCAGAUCAAAGUCUGUUUGGGCAAAUUGGUGAAGGAAAUUAAUUAUUAAUUAUGAAUUAUUAAUGCACUUAUCGCUGGGCCAAAAGCAUUCAUUUUUCAAGCAGAAAAGAUGUUAGUGCUCUGGAUGAAAGAGGAUCUGCAGUUAAUGAUUUGCACGUUGUUGAAUGAGAAUAGAAAGAUAAUUCUGUAAAUAAGUUAUUUUUGUUGCUUUUUUAUUUUAUUGUGUAACAUCUGCAGACUAGAUUGCUCAUCUGAAACCUGCAGCUGUGUGUUUCAUAGCUGAAGUAGUAUUAUUAGCAACACCGGGAAUUUCCUUCAACAUUAAACAGAUAUGAAUUAUGGUUAGAAUUAUGAACUUCUGCUUCCGUGCAAAUUAAACCAAAUUGCAAAGAAUUUGAACUGGUUUUACAGGUAAAUGUUACAGCUUUAAUGGCUAAAUGACUAAGGGAAAUUGACACUGGCAGACCUAGUUCAUAUAUAAAAUAAUUUUUAUUUAUAUAGUUUUUCAAUAUCUUUUUGUUCAUUAAUUUGUUAAUUCAAUUAAUCAAUUUGCUCUUUUUUGAGGUAUGCUUGCUAAAGCAGAAUAAAAAUUUUUUUGUGCUAAUAAAUAUGCACCUUAGCAAUGUUAUGGAGCAUGGUUUUAGUGGUUUGAACACGGACACUGUUCUUUUUAAUUUAUACUUUAAAUGUACACUUGCCAGUUUCUAAGGUACACCUGGUUCCAACUCAGGCGGUCUUACACACAAGUCCCUCAAUAAAUCCUGCCCUAUGAAGAUUAUCUUGUUUAGUUUAGUUUCGUUUAUUUUUUUUAGAAAACUGUUUUAGAAUGUUGUUAAUUAAGUUUCUGAUCAUUUUUGGAGUCUGUAGUUUGUGGAGCUUUGGGAAUGUAGUGCAUUAUGCUGAGAGGUGUUUCUAAUAAUUAGUCUACCCUCACUGAUAUAAAUAUGGUGCACAAAAACACCUGUCAGUAUAACAGUGGAACAAGAGGGAGGGUCUCUAUUGAUGACAUGUGUGGGAGGUGACAUAAAGAGGAAAUUUUCAGGAGACUGUAUGACAAAGUACUUACUAUUUCUACAACACAGUGUAUCAGAAUUGUAACAUGUUUCACAGAAAUUAUAUGGCAGAUAAAUGUUGUUCACAGUAAUUAUGUAAGAGAAUUAUGAUUUGUUUGCAAGCCUUUCAGUUUAUUUUCAAUGUCAAGUCAGCAGUAUAAGUAAUGAAUAAGUUAAUUUUAAAAAGUCAUCA